AUGUCAAUUGAAAGCUCUGCAAGUGAUGUUGCAGCUGCAAUCUACCAUAAAAUAUCAACAAUCCCCGAUAGCAAUGAUAUUUUAAUUAUGAUUCCGGGAAAUCCUGGAUUAGUCGAAUACUACAUACCAUACCUCAAUCUCAUCCAAGAUUCUAUUGCGCAAUUUGAAAUAUUUUGUAUUGGAUAUUUAGGAUUUGUGAAGGAGUCGACUCAGCAGCUGCAGAGGACAUAUAGUGUUCAAGAACAAAUUGACCAUAAAUAUACCAUUAUCAAACAAAUUGUUACUCAACAUAAACAAGUAGAACCAAGCCUGAGACUGAAACCACCUAGUCUUUAUUUUUUAUCACAUUCCUUAGGUUCGUUCAUAAUACAACGUACAAUAUUGAAACUUUUCCAAGACGAAGAGCUUGCUGGUAGAUUUGAGAUUAAAUUCAAUGGAAUGAUUACACCCACUAUAUAUGAUAUUGCUGGUUCUGAAUCAGGAAGUAAAUUUGUCAAGAUGAUGCAAUGGGGGCUUCCGUUUGUUGGAGUUGCGGCAACUCUAAGUAUGUUGGCAUCAUAUAUCCCCAUUGGCAUUCAAGAAUGGAUCUUGAACUGGCAUUUCCGGGAUAUAAAAGAAGAUACUAUUGUUGAUACAGGUAUUGGGACAAACUAUGGAUUAGACAAUCUGAUUAAUGCAACUAUCCAAUUCAUCAAUUCGCCUAUUGCAAUAAAACAAUGCCUAUGUAUGGCCAAAGACGAAAUGGAAGUUAUUGAUAAACUGGAUUUAGUCAAUGAUUGGUUUUUCAGUAAUAGCAAUAAACAAGCUAGAUUUAAAAACUGGAUAUUUUUUGCACAAAAUGACCAUUGGGUUUCUCAAGAUACAAGGAAUUAUUUGUUGGGAAAAUAUAAAGUUGGGCAAGAUAAUACAGGGCCCAAUUUUUUCGAAAUUUGUCAAAAUAGAGAAAGACCAAUAAUGCAUGCUUUUUGUAUUAAUCAAAGUGAGGAGUUUGCAAAUAUUACAAUUGAUAGGUUGAAGAAAUUGUGUAGAGAAUUGCACUAG